AUGACCGAUCAGACCUUUACCUACAUUGACAUUUGCGCCGAUUCGAGAGUCCCGUCAUCGAUCCUACCAAUGCCUACACCUAUAGUCGAGGAUUGUCAAUCCGUUGGGGCCCGCCGUGACCCGCCAGACGAACCCACCGGAAUCUAUGAGCAGUUGCGUACGCAAGCCGUCUUUCGGGGUGAAGAAGGGAUUUAUGGCUACAAUUUAUCAAAGCUCGCUUCCCUCGACUACGAUGACAUUAGGACCCCCGAUGAGGCAGCACGAUGGCUCGCAGAUGAAAGAACAAGUAUUCUAGGCAUCAACCGGGAAGAGAUUCAAUUUUACGAUCAGCUUCGUGCUCGUCGAGGUGUUUUCAGCACGGAUGUCGAAGCCGUAGGCCCUCUUCUCGUCCAGGCGGCGAUUAUCGAUGCGGACCGCAAUGUUGUUGUCGGAGGAUAUAUUCAUCGCGAUUGUGAAACAGUCAAGGAGGUAUGGGAUCUUGCCGUCAACGUCUGCGGUGGGCCUUUGACCAAAAUCCAAAGUGAUGCCCUUCGCAAAGCCUUCGGUUCGCCGUCCAUGAAGAGGCCCCGUGGCUACAGUAUGCACUGGCUUGUUGACCAGUUGAAGACGCUCAAGAAAGAGUAUCCGGAUAUAUGUAUGGCUGAAUGGUCCGCUAAUCCCUUCGAUCAAGUCGUUUACCGCAACAAUAUUAAACGCGCUGGCUACGACCAUGAAGACAUUCUCCCACCCCCUGAGAACUGGGUGUUCCCAAUGGGAUGGUUCCGACAGGCGGGGCCAAGUUUGCUGGGCCUUCAGCUUGCAUAUGUUGCUUGCUUGUACCACUCUUCGAGUCUUGUAUUCAGAUGGCAUGAUGCUAUCGCGGACGCAUUGAUGCCGAUGGACAUUCUGUCCACACGGCAGCCGAAAUACCAUCACGGCAAAGUUGAAGUGCCGCCCCCCAGCCGGUCAAUUCUCUUGCUCUUUGAGCAAGGACUUCAAAAGACUACAAACGGCGAAGACUUUCUGAUUCAGCGUCCUUGGUUUGCUCGCGAGGACAGACUUUGUUUGGCUUUCAUGCAGGACACCCUGAAAAAGUACGAAUCUGCUUCGCUUCCAGCAUUGUGUCGCGCUGCAAGCUAUUACCUCUUGGAACACAAGUUCUUCCGAACCGCUAAUUCAAUUAGGGAACACCUGACUGAGAAGGCGCGUCGUGCGCAGUCAGAGGACGAAUACGUAACCUGCACGGACAGGCAAGCGCAAACCUUGCUUUUGAGCACAUACAACGCAUUGACGGGGCCCAGGUCGACAUCGAGAAGAAUAGUUCUUGAGCCGAAAAUCGACCCAGCUGCAAAACUGCUUGUCCAGCAAGCAUACAAAGAAACUCCUCAUGAAGGCCGACUCAAGCCACUCUUUUGGUCUCAAUGCCAGAAGCAGGUCCAUGCUCUCAGCAAAUCUACCGGUAGCACCUUGAACGAACAAGAACUCGACCUGGCGCUGCUUGUAAUGAUCAACAGCAGGAUACAUAUAGUCUGCAAAGAUUGUGGAGCCCCAAAGCCCGGGGUCAAUUGCCAUCAAUGUAGGAUCCGUGAAUGCGUCGACUGCGGGGGCGUCGCUCGAGGCUUUUCCCGAUGUUCCCCAUGCUUCUACCAGUACUACAAGGACAAGGAAAAGAAGGGCUGUAUGGUAUGUCGACGAGUUUGCUACGGAAAGAUUUGCCGCUCUUGCGAACAUCAGGACAGCGGUCUAGAUCUACUCAUUUGCGUUGCAAAAGGGUGCAGCGCAGACAGAGUAGAGAGUUCAAGAAGGUGCGCGAGCUGUUUUCGCAAGCGUCGAGACCAGCGAAAGAAGUCCAGUCAGCUUUGGCCGCCUGACAACCAAGGCCCGAUCAUCUUGAAUAAAGGGGAUUGUCAAGAUUGUGGCGAUGAGAGGCCGGCCAAAGGUAAUGCCACCGGCGCGUGCCACUCGUGUCAGCAGCGAGCCUCGAGGCUGGAGGCACUAGAGGUGAACGAGAACACCGUUUACUGCCAGACCCGCGCCGAAGAUGGAGAAUGCACUGGCGGCCACGAGGGCGUCAAAGAGUUGUCUGAAAGCGGCAAUCAAUGA